AUGCAAAUGUACUGUUUAUUUACAUUUAGUCCUUCAAGAUACGAGGCAGUCCAUACUUUAACUCGUUGUAAAUGCUGGAUUUUAUUUUCUUGGAUAACAGCAUUAUUAUUGGCAUGUCCUGUUUUAAUAACAAAAAUGGAGGCAAAUUAUUCAUCUCAUUUAGAGUUGUGCUUGCUCAAUUGGUCUUCAUCUACUUUAGCUUAUUCAUUAACUCUCGGUAUUCUUGUUUGUUUACCUUCACUUUGUACUGUUGCCUUUACUGGUUGUGCUAUUUUUACAGCAAUGCAGAAACCUGAUGAAUUAGAGGAUAUACAAAGAAGUAUUUUAGAAACUGAUCAAAAUUUUGUUAUAAGUAAAUUAUUUUUUUAA